AAUCAAUCGGUUUUUCGGACGGACUCCAACGAGUUCAUUCGAAUAAAGCCAAUCACACCACAUCAGAGGCAACCUUCCGUUUAUCCAGUCACUCCUGAUUCUCACGCCAGUUCAGACACCGACGGGAGUUCUGAGUCCCCAGCUGACGGCGCUGAACCCCGUGGGAGGUUUGUAUUCAACGCGAGAAAUGGAGCCUCAGUCGCGUCAACAUCGACCAUCCGUCUUGCUCCAGCGACAGGAAGUGUUUAUGCAGCUACUGGAAGGUAUAACUGUCCCACCCCAUAUGUCAGCCGACAGAGCGAUGAUAGCGGUUAUUGUGUCGACUUUAAUGGUGAUUACAUUGGUGGAUAUGAAACGGCCAACUCCCCUACGGCAUAUCGGCAACAAGCUAUGUUCCAAAGCUCGCCAUUUCUUAUGAGACUCAUGGCUUAG